AUGGAGCUUCUUCGCCUUAAGGAGGCUAUGUCAAAUGCGCCACACGCCCAACAACUCGCUACACAGUUUGCAGCUGAUGCUCAAGAUAUCAGUCACUUGCUUCGCGAGUUCAACACUGCCUGCUCCUACAUUCAUCAGGCGCAGACCCUGUCGGUACAGUCAAAGAACCCGGAUUUCGAGAAUAUCUGUCUCCAAUUCUCCAGCUUUCUUGAGGAGCUCUCGGGAAUGCAUCGAGCGGAGGCGGAAGAAUUGCGCUCAGCUCUCUUCCUACCUGCGCACAAACUGCCCAGUCAGCCGGGCUUACAGUUAGUUGACAACUCGGGCGCCGCUGCGGCAGGGGAAGGCGGAGGCGGAGUUACAAGCCUUUUUUUCGCCGACCUGCGUGCCACCCAACGCCACCGUGAGGCCUGCGAGCGCGAGGUGCAUGCUUCCCUUGCCCGCUACAUGCGUCUCACGCGUCGCUGUGCGCCUAAAGAACACGAUGACGCGGUACUCGAACUCUCUCGUCGUCGUCGAAUGUUCCAGCAAGCGGCAGUCAUCUACCAUGCACGCCUUAACGCAGCGCACUUCGAGCGCGAAAUGGUUCCUCUCAAUGCCUUCUUCGGUUUUCUCACAACCUUGCGCAUCCAUUGUAAAAAGAUCGCCGAGGUAGUGGAACAGCCUUCGCUGGCUCAAUUUGCCGAGGUCAUCAAGUCCCAGUUCGAUUGCCGACAGGUGCAGUCCACACAAGCGACCGAAGAGUUCCUAAACACCCUCACUAACAUCCAAAGCCAGUCGUUGGCUCUCUUCGCGCCUGAGCCACUCUUUGCCAAGUCGGUUCGCUAUCUAGCUCGAAAUCUCUAUGGGUUUUCAGACAAGUCUUAUCUGCGUACACCAGAAACGAACCUUCUCUCUAAGAGUGGUUACCUCUACAUGCGAGUGAAGAAGACGUUUGGCUUUGACUGGAAUGAAGUUUACUGCUUCACUCAGGGUGGGAAUCUCCUCUGCCAACAGAAGGGAGAUCUCGGCGCAGGUGUUUUGGUGAACCUAAAUGGAAAGGGUGUCUUCGCAGAACCAAUGGAUAUCGAUGAUCGCAGAUACACCUUCCAGAUAGUCUCCCCGGCUGAGAAGCGAACCGUUGUUCUUCAAGCCGAAAACUCAACGGAUCGCGAUGAGUGGAUUCACACCAUCUCAAAUGUCAUCAUAAACACGAGUAGUUGGGCCGGCCAAGGUCAACCGCCUCCUGAACCGAGACCGGUGGAUCCGCUGCCUUUCGUGUUGGUACCGCGAUCACAGACCUCUCAGGAGGCGAGCCAAGAGAGCGCAGAUGAGGAGGACGAGAUGGAGCGCGCUUUGCGGGCCUCACUUUCCUGCACUGCAUGGAUCGCUCAGGCACCACCACUUCACCUUGAACUCACCCCUGUCGACGCUCCUGCUGUCCCCGACACUACUGCUGAAGCUGUGGGUGACGCAAAUGCCGACUUAGAGGUGGUGCUUACCUUCAUCGGUAGUAUGCCGCUACCUCGAUUCCUUGAUUUAGGACCCUCUUUCGCCUCCUGUUGUUAA